GUAGAGUUGAACGUUGAAAUUUUACUUAAUUAAAACUACCAAUUUUCUAUUUUGUUUUGUUAAGAUGAAUUUUGUGGUUCAUCCUAGUUCAAUAGCUGUUUGCUAAUCUAACCGCAUCAGUUUCUGACUAUCGUAUUUCUUCCAACUCUCUCUCUCGUGGCUAUUGGUGUCGGUCUUAUAAGGAUUCCUUUUGACUUAAUUAAAUUCAAAAUUUAACUUGUUUAGCAUCCACUAUUAUUUAAUGAAGCUUUUUUAGUCCUUAAAUCUGGAUCCAAGAUCACUCAACUAUUCAACAGCUACUUUCUUGAAAACAAACAUGGAGGCCUUAACAUUUCCUUCGUAUCUUCUCCCUCUUCUCCUUCUGCCUUUCUCUCUCUAUCUCUUCUCGAUCAUCCGGAGAAAGAGCUCCGAUGAUCGGAAAAACCUCCCUCCCGGCUCCCGGGGCUGGCCGGUUGUCGGAGAGAACAUCAAGUUCGCCCUCUUAGGCCCCGAGAAAUUCAUCAAAGAUAGAAUGGAGAAACACUCUCCCGAGGUAUUCCAAACUUCGUUGUUGGGAGAGAGAGUGGCCACAUUCUGCGGCGCUAAAGGUAAUAAGUUUCUCUUCACCAAUGGGAACAAACUCGUCACUUCUUGGUGGCCACAAUCAAUGAAGAAAGUGUUGUCGUUUCCCGAAUUCGUGGAUAGUAAUCUGAAGGUGGAUUCCGCCUUGAAACGCACCCUGCACCGCGACGUCUUCACGCCGGAGGCCUUGAAGAGACACGUUGCGGUGAUGGACGCGCUGGCGCGGGAGCAUCUGGAGCGCCACUGGAAACCAAAUUCAGUUGUGAAGGUUCUGGGCUUGUCGAGGAAGUACACCUUCGAGCUGGCGUGCAGAGUGUUUCUGAGCGAGGUUGACCCAGUGCGCAUACAGAAGCUGUCGGAUCCCUUCAACAUGGUGAGCGAGGGGAUGAUCUCCGUGCCUCUGGAUUUGCCCGGGACGGCCUACAACCGCGCCAUCAAGGGAGGCAAGCUGGUGCGGGAGGAGCUGAUGAGGAUCAUCCAGGAGCGGAGGAAGGAGUUGAUGGAGAAGCCCGAGCGGCGGGACCUGCUGUCGAAGAUGCUGCUGCUCAGGGAUGAUGAUGGCCGCCCUUUGAAUGAGAAGCAGAUUUGUAAUGACAUAAUUGGUUCGCUAGUGGCUAGCUACGAUACAACCAGCUCUGCGCUAACAAGUGUCAUCAAUUAUCUUGCUCAACUUCCCCACAUUUACAAUCAGGUCUUCAAAGAGCAAAUGGCCAUAGCAGAAUCAAAAGGCCCCAAUGAGCUGCUGACAUGGGAUGAUAUCGAGAAGAUGAAGUACUCAUGGAACGUCGUGCGUGAAUCGAUGAGGCUUACGCCUCCUGCGGCAGGAGCGUUCAGGGAAGCCACAACUGAAUUCUCCUAUGCAGGCUUCACCAUUCCUAAAGGAUGGAAGACAUUCUGGACGGUGCACUCGUCCCACAAGAAUCCCGACUACUUCCCGGAGCCGGAGAGGUUUGAUCCAUCGCGGUUUGAGGGGAGUGGACCGCCACCUUACACGUUCGUUCCCUUUGGAGGAGGACCAAGAAUGUGCGCCGGGAGAGAGUAUGCUAGGCUUGAAAUGUUGGUUAUGAUGCAUAAUGUGGUGACAAGGUUCAAACUUGAGAAGGUGAUCCCAAAUGAGAAGAUAAAUUACCAUGCUUCGCCUACGCCAGUUUAUGGCCUUCCACUUCAUCUUCAUCCUCAUAAGAAAUAGGCCUACAAUUUGAACAGUUUUAUGGUGGUUGUUAUGCAAAAAUUCUAUAAUUUAAUAAUGUUAAGUUUUUAUCUCAUUUCAAA